GAGCUCCUCAAGGUACUUUACCCCUCUUUUCCUCUCUCCCUAUACCGUCCUUUUCGUCUAUAUUGCCAUAUCACAGCUAUGGAAGCCAAUGCCCCCCAUAUCUCACGUUGCAGUCUACUCAACUACACAAGCCGAUCGGACUGGCUAAUUUGAUGGUUAUGUUUGGGUAAAAAACAGAUGCAGGACCACCUCCCACCUGGCAUCUCAAUAGCGAAAUCGGAUAACCUCGAGGAAUGGCAAAUGGACAUUAAAGUAUUGGACGAGAACCCGCUCUACCAGAACCAGGUGUAUCGGCUCAAAUUCACCUUCGGGACCAAGUAUCCCAUUGAACCUCCGGAGGUCCAAUUCAUCGAAUGCCCAUCCACUUCCGAAACGCCGCGUCCGAUCCCCAUUCAUCCACACAUUUACAGCAACGGAAUCAUUUGUCUAGAUCUGUUAAGUUCCGCUGGCUGGUCCCCGGUACAAACCGUGGAGAGUGUCUGCAUGAGCAUCCAGAGCAUGCUAACUACGAACACACGUAACGAGCGACCACCGGGUGACAGCGACUUUGUCUCGUACAAUCGGCGCCGACCGCGGGACAUCAACUUCUUCUACGACGAUGAUAAUGUAUAGAGGGUACCAUUUACUCUGACAUAUUAUGUGAUCGCCUGGCUUGGUUCUGUUGUUUUGGUCUGGUUAGAUUGAGUAGUGGAAAGAGGGGGAAAUCGAUUAAUGGGACUGAGCCUACUACACCUACUUGUUGGCUAGGCUACUCUACUAUUCAGGAUAACAUGGCUAGACGCUGAAUUGGCUAUGAAGACUUUCACAUUCUAUGUUUUCUUUCGUCUUGGAAGGAUCUUAUGCCGUUAGUUGAUGUCAGAGCGUCUGUCUUCUUGCAUUUGCGCUGGCGCAGUUCACGA